GUCAGUGUGAAGGCUUCUCCUUUCUCAAUUCUUGUGUUAGUGAGAAUCUGUAAGCAGCUGGUUUGUGUCAUUGUGGCAUAAUCUGUAGCUUUUAAUUGGUAUUUCCUUAUUUCUAAUUUAAAAGACAAAAGAAGGCAUGAUAUAGUUACCCAAUCCUGAAAUUUUUGUGAUUCCCAUCUCACUGUUAAGUGUGUUUGAAAUUAGCUUAUGAAAAAGCUAGUAAUGGGAAAGCUGAUAGAUAUACAGGCAUAAAUCUUCCACAGAUGCACUGUGAGGAUGCCAGCUUUGUUCUCUUAAUUAAGGUUAGGGGGAAAAUCAAGUACUUUAGUCAGUUUAUUUCCUGGAAAUUAUGUUUUGUAGAAAAUUCCUGUCUACUUCAGUUAACAUAGCAAGUAACAGUAGAAAAUGGUUUGCCAGGCGUGAAAUAAGAAUUGUUUGAAAGUAACAUUUACAAUUGAAAUGAAUUUUUUUUUUGCAACUCUUGGUGUCCUUGGCUGUUUGGCUGAAAAUUACACCCAAAAUCUUUCCAGCCUGGAAUCAAAGCAUCAGAGGCUGCAAACCAGUUUUUUCUUGGUUUAAUACUCAAUUGACAGUCAGAAGUUGUUGACAUAAACAUAGUGUGUAUUGUUUAAAUAACAAACAUUAAAGCUCUUAUGAACUAGAGAAUACUAGUCCCCUGUAGUGCUUUUGUUUGCAUUUCUAUUAGCAAAAUCAACUUUAGCCACUUUCACUUUGGAAGAGUGGUUAUGGAAAUCAAGAUUGUUAAAAUAUAUUUGAAUGCUUAAAUCUUCUGUGAAAUAUGUUGGUGGGUGAAGCCCAGAUACAAAGCAUUAAUAAUUACCUUUCAAGUUUGUUGGUAUAAUUGAAAUUGGUAUUAUCAGCAAACUCCAGGAGUACAUUGGCUGGUAUUGUUCAACACAUCAUGCAUUUCUUGGAAGUAAAAAAAAAAAAAAAAAAAGCUGGUUAUGCUAGAUGUAAAGUAGUAUAUGUGAUAUCUUUUCUUAGUCAUCUUUCACAGACCUCAGGAUUGUUCAUGGUGCCCACUGCAUGUAGAGAUUCAGCACAAAAUCACUGUUGGAUAGCUCAUACCAGAGGAAUCUCAGAAUGGGAAAAUAGGUCAGAAAAGGAAAUAUUUCUGUUUUAAUUAAAUUGUCCCUUCUUGAGCACACUUGAACAAUUUUUAAAAACACUAGAUGGAGUUUUUCGUGAUUAUUAUUUAUUGUCUAAUCUUGUCAGUGUUGGCAGGAUAAUGUCUAACUUACCUGUUCUACUUCAUCUCUUCUGGUUUUUUCCUUUGAAAGCCAGUAGGUUGAAAUUAAGCUUAUUUUGAAGUACUGGAAAGGUAGGGUCUCUGCAUAUCAUUAGCAAGAAUUUUUCUGGUUUCAGAAGGACUAGUAUAUUUUGGUCUUCUGACUAAAUGAGUUAAAAUCACCAUGGAAGUUGUAAAAGCUUAUCCUGGUUUCUCUUGUCUUAUCAGUUUUCACAUAACCCUGCUGUUUUUCUUUAGUAAAGGAACACUAAAUGGCAAUCUAAAUAGUGUAUGCUUUUAGAUUGUUCAGUUAUCAUUAGAGGUCAGCUUUCUGGAACAGAGGGUGCCAAGCUGUUCACCUCAGGUUUUAAGGCUGCAUUAUCAUUGUGGCAUUUACAUCAAUGUAACAUUGGGCUGCCUAAGCAGAAUUUGCGCUUCUUCCUCAUGUGACCAAAAACCUCAAAGUAAUAGAUGAAUUGGUGAAAGAUGGAGUUAGAAGCCACUCUCCUUCGCUGUUCUCUUCUCCCUAAAUACUUUACCCCUCACCCACACUGAACUCAUGCUUGUAGAACCAGUCCAUUUAUGUUACUCAGUUUUAGGUGCAAUUUGUUCUUGUUUAUUAGAUGGCAAAUUCACUGAAGGUUAUGUAAGUUAAAGAAGUUAAUGGGCCUGUUAACUUAAAAACAAAAAAGUCUGUUAUGUGGUGAAAUACUCAUAUUUUUUUCUCCCAGAGUGAGUCCUAAAGUCACACUAGAAUAUAGGGUACUGCCUGAGGACUUAAAGUAAUUCUUAACAUUUUGAAAACUAAGGUAUGAUUGUGUGGGUGAGUUCUGUGCAAUAUAAGGUAAGAGAGAACUUCCUUCAAAUAGUUAGUGAGGUUCAGGAACUAAACAAAAAAAAUUGUUACAUCAGAUGCUCUGUGUUAAUCAUGACUUUGAAUCAUUUGAUUAUUUUGUGCUUGUAAACCAGCACCUGAGACCUCAAGUAAGGAAUAAAAGCAGAAGAGGACAAUAAAUCUCAUAUUGCAGGAAGAGAGAAUUGCAGAUAUAGAAAUUAUAUAACCAGGGAUGAUGACUGUUAAAAUCUCAAGAAGUAGGGUGAAAAGCUGAGGUGAAAAGGGUAGUUUUGUAUCUUGUCAAAAAGGUGAAGGAUUAUGCACUGGGGAAUGGCAGUGCAAUGUUGAAGGUAUGAGUAUGUAAGAUUCACUCACUGAGUUCUACACGUAGUUUAAGUUACUUAAACUUACUUUCGUUGCCUUAGUUCCCAUUAAAAAAACAGAUGAUAAUCUAUUCCCAAUGCCUUAAAAAUAUGUGGAGGACAAAUACAUUAAGUAUUGUUUGGAACUGAGCUGGUUGUACAAACUUGUAAGGUCCUCAUAUCUGAAUUUAUAUAGGCCAGAAGUUAAGGAGUAUUGGCAGUAUGUAUUCUUAAGGAGAAACUCCCAGAGUUUGCUUUUCUAAUAAACUCAUACAGUUUCUGUCCUAUCAGACUUGAUUUUCUUCAAGGAAUAUAGGAAAGUCUUGAUUUUCUUCAAGGAAUGAAGGAAAGUCACUCUGGAAUAUUUUCAAAAGUGAUAAGUAAAGUAUUUCUUGUCCUGAAUGUUUAUCAUUUUCAGAGCAUAUUCAAUUUAUUCCUUCUUAGGAACAGAAAUAAUGAGGUCUACUGGAACUGAAGUUCAUUAAUUUUAUGUUGAAGAUGAUGAAAAAUAGCGAUUAUGUAAGCUUUUGCAGGUUCUGUAGAAUUAAAAGAAUGGAGAGAAAUUAGUAAUAGAGAAAUGAGCAGAAGUUCUCUUGGAAUAACAAGUACAAUCCUUGGCUUCAUCCAUAAGCUACUUUAAUGAGUUAGUUUGUAUAAAAGGAAUGGUUGCCAAAUACAUUACACUUAUGUUUUGCCAGCACAUUUUAUUUCAAUUGUUUUCAUACUGUAUGCUUGAUAAGUCUGAAAAGCAGUCAAUCUUUCAGCAAAUCUUCAUCUAGCAAAUUGCAUGAUGGCAGGUAAAGAGUAGGUAACAUAAUUUGACCUGUGGUUAUAUUUAAUUAGAAAAUUUUCUGAAAUGCGAAGUAAGGUGGAAUUACUCAACAAGCAAAGAAAAUAAAUACUGGGAUUGGCAUGAGUUCUUUGGGAAUGUGCCAGUGUAGAUAUGAUUGUGCUUUUUUUGCUGGAAAUGUCAGAUCAGCUUGUUUAAAGCAGUGUAGUUUCUUGAACUUAGACUUGUUUUUGUUUUCUGUUUUCCCACCCUAGAUCAAAAAAAGAGCAUAAAAUUGAGAUAAAAUGGAGGAAGGUGACUUAAUUAGCUCUGUAACUGCAUGGAUUGCUAAUUCUAAAGGACCUGUUGAGAAUACAGACUUUGCAGUUGGGCUGUUCCCUGGCCUUCCUGUGUCCCCCAGAGGAGCCCCAGGAGGCGGAGCUCUGACUUCUCAGGCGUGAAACUCAUUCUUUCAAUAAGCUCAAACCCCUCAUUGCAUCAACGCUUGUAAAGCAGUACUAAUCCUAAAGAUCAGUGGCAAGCUUUCUGUCAGUAGUUCUGCUCUUGACAUCUAGUUCUUGAGCUGAGAAGUCAUUACCUAAUUUUUAGAAUAAUGGGCUAGAACUACUUGUGAAGUAUCAUGAGUACUCUUAUUAAAGUGAAGCAUGGUGGCAAAUUUCUGUCAUGGAGCUGGAAGGCCAAUGUAAUGUGGAAAAGCCUAGAUAACUUCUACAUUGGAACAGCUUCAGUCACUGCUAAAGUGUAUUUUGAUUUAUAUAAGAUGAGCUAUUGAGAAUUUGAAAGAAUAGAGUUUGACCUAUUUGUGUAAAGUUUCCCCACAUCUUUCUAAAAUACUGAUGUUGGCUGCAAGAGUGAAAUUUUCAUUCUUGAAAAAUUGAAAAUGUGACAUUUUGGACAUUUUUCAGGAGCUUUCAUUUUUUUAUAUUCAAAGUCUUAAGAAGCUGGGCUCUGUUUGGAGAGGUAAAACUUUGCAUAACACCACUGUUCUAUCCAGCAGUUCAGUGUCAGUGGCUUUGCAAUGCUAAGCAGUGGAGAAUGCUGCUGAUGGACAGCUUCCUUGUCCAUGUUUGCAUGCUCCAAGGAAAGCUGAGAUGCUCACUGAACAGUUUGUCACUUCAGUGCUGCCUGGAGAAGGGAACUGCAUAGAAUAGCUUCCAGGAUCAGAACUUUAUCCUUUAAACUUCCCUGGAUAGAAAAUGUAAGUGCUUGUUUUGUAAACACUGUGUUUCCCAAGUUAAAGGGAAAAGCAUAGGUAAAGUGACUUGACAGCUGCUUCCCAUUUGGGAUUGGAAUUUUUACUUCCUUCAGAGCUGGUAAAGUAAAACUUCCUUGUUUGCCAUAUAAAGAAAUGACAAGUAACACCAUAAUGCAUGAAGGAAUCGCAAACUCCACACUAUGAUGGCACAGUUCUUAAUUCUUAUUAUGUUACCUCUUCCCUCUUCUAUAUUUGCCUUUUUUAAUGAGGAAUGCAAUUUAAGUGGACAUUGUUUUGGAUGUUUUUCUUUUCAGCUUCAUCAAAUCAAAUUCUUGCACUUGCUCAUUUAGUGAAACUUUCCAUCCAUACCCAUCACUCAGUAAUUUUUUUCUCACUGUGAUCAGACUGUUCAGUUUUCUGCAUGGUUUUUCUGUUGGCAGCUGAAGUUCAUAACAUAUUGUUUAUAUAUUGUCAUGUCAUAAAGUUCCUGUUAAAAGACGUAUGUUAAUAUUUUGAUUCUCACUUGUCUCUGAAUACCUUGUAUUUACUCAAUGAAUGCUAUCUUUAUUUUUGACAAGAUGGCUUCAAUUAUUUUUAAUCUGGAUUCCAUCAUAUAAACUAAAUCUCCAUUUGCUGCUUUUUAGAUUUGUGCUGACAAAAAUGAUGUCUUAGUGGUUUAUUUUUAUGUCUUUUAUUUUUCUCAAAUUUUCCUUCUGCUCCAGUGUUCCAUAAUGGUUAACAUGAACUGUCACCAUACUUCACUUAAUGUUUUUUAUGAAAAUGUGGUUCCUAAACUGGCACUCAUUUAGAUGAUACGUUAGUUUGACCUGCAAGAUAAAGUUUUAAUAUAAAAUGUAAUGUUAACGUAGUUAUAGUUCUUGUAAUGCAGUGUCAGGUAAUUCAGAACAUUAGCCAAGACAGGACAAACUGUACUGCUUUUUGAAUUCCUGUAUCUGUGGUCUGUUGUAAAGAUUACUAAUCUCUAGAGAAAGAUAAUGGAUCACAUGUUUAGUGUAAUAGCUUUUUGGGUUUUCUGCUUUAUCUGCUAAUUUUAAAAUCUUUUAAAGUAAGCUCACAUUAACCGGUUUUAAUGUGAAAUUUAUUGGAAGGAAAAUCAAUGUGUAUUUAUUCAUUUCCUGUCAUAUGCUCAAUACUACCAAAGCUGUUCAUUUCUAUUCCAUGUGCUUCCUAACACAAAUCAUUAGCUGGAUACAAAGAGUACUUUGAUAUGAAAGGGAUUGUAAAUUCCUUGUGUUUCUUCACCUCCAAAUUUUCUUUCAUGUUUUUACAGAAUGUACAAUUCAGGUGCAUGUGUGUGGCACUAAAGCACCACAAGUCACACGGAGCAGUAGCUGUCUUUCUGUAGAUUAUGUCUCUUGACAUGGAGUAAGGGUGGGUUACAAAACACUCUUCAGAGCUACCUUAAUGCCCCAACACAUAUAUGAAUUUGGUACUAACUAGAACUCCUGUUAAAAAGAUAGAUUUCUAACAUUGGCACUGUCGCUUCUGUUCUAUGUGAAAACUUCCUGCUAGUUUUUUUCAAAAAAUGUUUUGAAGACUUUUGGGAUUUUAGCUUUGUAUAGCAGCUCACAUGGUUUUCUGGAUAAAGAAUAUGCUAAUAUACUAGUAACCAAUAUUGGCCUUGUGUACCUCAGUCCUAUUGUUUCUAUUCUAGUGAAAAUCAAAUAGAGAACUUGCAACAGCUGGCAGACAAAAAGAAUUGCAUUUGCAAACAGGAUUGCAGUUCCAAUACAGAAGGGAUUAAACUAUGAGGUGACCAUUUCUUUAUCAUCACUAGUCUUUUUGCAUUAUAUUGCAGAAAGAAGCAAUUUAUAGUUUUACCUCAGACUGGAGCAGCUUCUGCAUGAAGACAAAUGAAUAAAUAGACAAAUCUCUUUAGUUUCCAUACUUAACUCUUCAUACUUGAGGAGUUUGAAAGUUAAACAACUUAUAAUUUCAGGGGAGGGGCACAACUAUGUAGUACUGCAAGUAAUAAAAACAUUUAUAAAAGUUACUGAAUCAAAGGCACCUGAGUGAAGGUACACAGCAAUAAUGGCACAGUACAGAUAAUAACAGAGGUAUUGCCUCCAACAAAAACAGUGAAGAAAAUGAUGUGCUUUGACUGAGAGCAAAGGUACAAGAAGGUUUCUACCAGUGGUUAUGCAGCUGUGCCCUGCUGCUACACACUAUGACUUGGAACAGUAGAGGGAGACCCAGGAUGAUUUGUUACAUCAUACCUUAAGUUUUUGUUUUUUUCUUGAGGUGUUUUCGGACAACUGAAUUACCAUGGAAAAGGGUACAGGCCAAAUCAGUUUUUCUGGCAUUUAAUUAGUACACUUCAUUCACAUUUUGUUAAAUUGUGAUGAUUUCCUUUGAAUUUUCAGGGCACAGUAGGAUAGAAAUUGUGAUCUACCAUUUUUUGAAGUAUAAUCAGUCAGAUUACUUUUAAUAAAUAUUCAAAGUGCAUUGCUGUCCUAAAGUCUGAGAGACAAGCUACCUCUUAGAAAUAAGGAAAUGUGCAUCUAAAAGGCACCUUUGGCUCAGUCAACUGUGUUGAUAGUUACUCGGUGUCACCUGUUCCCUGUUAAAGCUUAACCAGUUUGCUAAACUAACAUCCAUCUAAACCGUUGAAAUGUAAAGGCUUAUAUAUUAAAAAGCUAGUGCUAAUUUUGUUUAUUUAUCAUAUCUUAAUUUUUUCCUAAGUAAAUGCCAGAAGACUUGAAAACUUUUUUUCUCUUUCCAGAAGAUUCACUGUAGUUCACUCAUUUAAAAUAAUCUGAAUUUUUUGUCUUGUUUUCCUGCAGUGCCCUAGUAAAUUAACAACUUUACUACUUACUGGAAUGGCCAUGAAAGAGUGUUUGACAUUCAGGCAGGUCUGCAAAGAAGUUGCUAGGUGUGUUCCUUCUGUGGCCACAACAAGGAGCAAGUGUGGGCAGUGAACCAUCAGUGAUCUUUGGAAUGCUCUUCACCAGUGUACAGAGACAGUUUGGCUCAAGUCUGAAGAUCCAGGGAAAUAUUUCCCUUCCAGAGCACAACUUUAGAAACCACAGGCCCUGAUCCUGCUGGCAAGUAGGUACACAUUAAAUAAUAGCAAUAGCAAUGCCAUUUGAUUCCUUGCCUUCUUGUUGUAUAUUAAUAGUUAAAUAAUAGUUAUGAAGAACAACUUGCCUCUUCUUACUCAGUAUUUUGAUUUAUAUUUUUUACAGUGUUAGGCUAUGGAACUGCUUAUAACCUUGAUUCCUGGUGUGAAUUAUUUCCCUGCUGCUGCACAAGUAUUUAGGAAGGUUUUUAUAGUGUUACCUAAACCAUAGGUGUUCUGUGUUCUAAAAAUCAUCUUGUUACUUAAAAGUGCUCCAAAUAAGGAAAAAAAAAAAAAGGAUACCUUGUGUUUUAUGGCUAGGUAUUGCUGAAUACAGUUUUUGUGCACUUGUAAACCAGCUGUACCUAUCCUGAGUCUAAGAUAGGUACAGCUAGCUAUCUUGGACUCAAGAUAGGUAUUGAGUCCAAGAUAGCUGGAUUCAAUACCUAUUGAGUCCAAUAGGUAUUGUAGUCCUACAAUACCUAUUGGAGUAGGACUUGUACUUGAUGAUUUUUAAUCAUCAGGUGGUAUUGUAGUCCUCUGGUCAUAGCCAAGGAAAAGAACUAAAUACUGAAUGCUGAUGAAUAUUUAACUUCAACAUUAAGUACUAAUAGAAAUUAUUUCAUGGUCAAGAAUAACCCAAGUACCUAAUUUAGAAGUAACUUUUUACUAACUACAGAUACUGCUGUAGGCAAAUGAAGGUUUGUGAUUUUCAUCAAUUUUGAUCUCAGCCAGCAGGGUUCUUGCUAUACCACCAGGUCUGCUUGACAGCAGCCUCUGUGUAUAGUAUUCCAUGUGCUAACACAGUGUUACUUUGUGAGCCAAAUGAUCAUCCUGGUGUAAAAUUGCAUUUGGUUAGGCAGGUCAGUUAUGGACAGGACUACAGUUUUUGUCUGAAACCUUGUAUUAAAAUUCAGAUAAGAGGUAUUUGGUGCUUGUAAAAAUCACCAAACAACAGAUGACAGAAAUAAGACCUAUACUGUUCAUUUCCCCAGCUGAGCAUGUGUUAUGUGUAUGUUCUCCCACGUCUGUGUUCCCUUGAGUUCUUGUUAGGUGCCACCAGCCUGGGCUACUGCAGCCCACGUAAAUCUCCUUGAACUGGUGUUCACUUACAUGUAGCAGCUUCUUUGAAGCCCACGUGAUACAUCCUUCACUCUUAUGUAGAGUAAGUUUGCUUCAGCUGUAAGGUGCUUAGCUUGAGUUCUUCUGUCAGUUUUUAUUUGCCAUUGUGUUCCUCUCAUUAUGUAUUUGGACCAAGCUUAUUGAUUUAGUAGAUAGGUGCUGUUGCUGGUGUAUUGAUUCACUUGCAGUGCCAGCAGGAGUUGUUGGCAGAAGCAUCCCCCUUCUUUCCCUUGCACAAGUUGCAAGCAAAUGUGUAAUGCAUUCCUCACUUCAUUCCAGAGCUGUUUCAGUUUCUAAGUGUAUGAAACUGUUACUACACUGCUUGCUGUUUCUUCUUUCAAAGUGACUGUACAGCUGCAGUCCCUGGCUUUUUAAGAAGAUCACGUUAUAUUUUGGAGGUAGAUUUGAGCAGCAUGGUGCAAGUGCCAGAAGAGUUUCCUGUGAUGUAAACAGAAUUCUGCACCAAGAAGUUUUUCUGGUUUCCCUUUGGCUGGAAACUGUCUUAGUAGAUUUUCUACUCCACAAUCACCAAAAGAAAACAGCCCUACAGCUUGAAUUGAACUGAAAUGAAAUACUCUGAAGAUGGCUAUGAAUAAUUCAGUUUCCUCUGUUGUAAGGUAGAUGAAUCAAUCCUUUUAUUUUUUAUACUACAUGGAGGAGGAGUAUAAAGUGAAGUAUGUGAAUAAGGGAGGGUAGCAUCCACAAUAGAAAUUAAAAUUCCGAAUUUAAGAAAUGUCCUACUUUAUGUAUUUAUUACUUACUUUAUUACCAGCUUUUCAGCAGGUAAAGGACAAUGUAAUGUUUUCUUGCAAAUUUCAGGGGUCAAGUCAUUAACCACUUACCAUUUAGGAUGUUCAUCAUUAAGCUGCAGCAAAUCAAAGCCGGAAGUUAAAAGAAUACACUGUUUUGUUUCCUAGAACUUUAGUGGUCCUAGAGGGGAAAGUACACUUUUGCAUAAUAUUGCUAUAGCUCUUCGUCUUCUGAUGCAUUCCUGUCUUUUAUUUCUGUAAUUUUAUUUGUCGUUUGAAACUUUGUAGUGUGUAACAGACGUAAAGAAACUUAACGGCAGGUUGAAUUAGUGUGAUUUUCUUUUAGUGCACAGGACUUGAGUAAAGACUUGAUGAGACUAUUUGGAUGUAACUUCUCAGAACAGAGAUUAGGCAUGUGGCUACUGUGAAUAUUCAGGAAUUAUAGGAAGCUGAAGCUGUGUCACCCUCUUAAAUUACCUUGGCAUAAUGCUUAAAGAUGAUCAUGGUGAGUGAAUACUAUUAAUGAGUAGAAAAAUAUGGAAUAAAAUUGACGAGUAUCUUAAGGGUAUUUUAGGGAUACUUUAAGGUUGUGUAUGUAGCAUCAGAACAUUUCUAGAGGGAAGAGGAUUUUUAAAGCUAUUUUAAAUUUUAUUCUAUGUGCAGCAGAUCACUAGAGAUUAACAAUCUGUUAAUGACAGUUCGUUUUAAAAACCUUUAAGUUUGGAAUUCCUGUCUUACUAUUUAGGUAGGAAGAAAUACACUAUGUAGCAUAAUAUAUUUCUGUAUAUUAAACCUCACUUGCAGUGCCUUGCAAAUGUAAAACUUGCUGAUGUAGUUACUGUUUUUUAAUUGAUCAUUGACCCGUCAAUCAGACUCUGACCAUUUCAGAGAUAAAAAGCUUGGCUUUCAUUGGCUGCUAGGAAUAGAGCACCUUUCCACAAAUUAGGAAAUGGUGUAAUAAUUAACAGGUAUAAUGGAUAUGUGCAUUCAGGUUUCAGUUGUAUCUUCAUGAGUUUUAGCUCCUGUUAUCUUUUGUGUAGUUAGCUAACCUACUGUCUGCAAACAGAUCAUUUAACUACAGUAUAAAAUGGGGGUUUUUUUUGUGGCAGUAGAGUUUUACUAAAAUAAUUGAUAGGUUUUUUGCUCACCUUUUAAAAUCUGAAGUAAAUUGUUCUUUCAGACUUUUAUUUAUAACAAGGUGUAGAACUUCACUAACAAAACUAAUUAAGUGAGUAAUAAUUCUGUUCUGAAGCAGCAAAGCAAUGGUUCUUUAAACACUUGUGUACAGAGAAUUUAGGUAAGCUUAAUUUUUUUUUUCUUUCUGAUUUACAGACUGAAAUUAUUUUAGGUACUGAUGAUUCCUAGUACAGGAAGGGGUUUGACAUCUUUGACCCAAAAAGUCACUUGGAAAUUCCCAAAAGUACUGGACCUAUUACACAAAUCAGUUGGCAGAGGUCAUUUACCAUUCCUAAGCUGGAUUAGCUCUCAAAUUUUUUUCUUGUGUUCUGCACAUCUUCAGAAUUGCCUAUUGAAGCAACUUCUAUUAGCAGCAGCGCUCCCAAAACAAGUAGCUGUAAUCAGCAUUUUAAGGAGCAGUUAUAGCUGUUUCUACAUAUAUUAAAAUUAUAAUUAUACAGCAGAAAUUUUUAAAAAUAAAAGGUCUUCUUUUUGUGUGCUGUGUAAGUGGGCUAAGUUUUAAUUAGCUAGAAAAGCUAGCAAUUUCUUGAGUAGAUUGAUACUACAUAAAUGAAUUAAAGCAAAUCCUAAAUCACCUGCUCAAGCUUACUGACCUCUAAGGGGUUAUUAAAUAAUUAUUAUUUAUCAGUAAUAGCCUGAAACAGUAGUUUCAUGCCAAAACAGCAUGUAAAAUAUUGCAUUCCUAACAAACUUUAAUUUUAAAUAUCUCUAGUGUUUUAAUCAUUUAGGUAAAACUGUAAUUUUCUGGGAGAUGAAAUGAUCUCCUAACUAUGCUGUGAAGAUUUCUUACAUUUAUUUCAGAUGAGUUAAAAUCCAGUACUGAAUAGUGAAGUCACAUUUGACUGUUUAAUUAGCAAUAGUAAAUUAAGACAAAUAGGUCCAUAAUCAAACUUAAUUUUAACUUCACUAUAAUAUAUUUCCAUGUAUCAGAAUCAGAAACUAGGUGUUGCUGUAAAUUUAUUUUUCUGUGCAAAUUUGACGGAAAUAAAGGCUAAAUAUUUCUAAAAUAAUUUACCCUUUUUAGAUUUUGUACAUCUAUUUUUAUAGGCUCUAAGUAGUUAAGUAGUGUUUUUACUGGUUAAACUGUGAAAUAGUCCCAUGAAUUUUAGGUGUUUUUAAAAUUGUAAAGGAAAAGUAAAAUCCAUUUUUUUUUUUGCAUCUGCUAAUAUUUAUUAUUGUGCUUACUGCUUAAGCUGCAUUAUUUAAAGUCAAACAUACACAGCAGUCAAAAAUGUCAAAAAGACCUCAAAUUCAUAUUUUUGUGGGAGCACCCAGCAUCCCGAGGCCACGGGAGGGGUUAGAGCAGAGCUCAGCCCCUACUGGUGAGCAAUGGAGGGAGCUGCACUGUUUAUGUGAUAGCCCUGGCUUUGUUCCUGGGACCCCCUCGGUGCCCCAGGCAGAAAGCUCCACACCCACAGGGGUCCCUACCAGCGGGGACAGAGCUCAGCAGGGUAUGUUCAUGGCAAAAGAAGGAACAGAUUUGCCAUCUCCUGCCCCUGUGGCACUAACUUGUACCAGCACGCCUAAAAAGAGCACAAGUUUAACUUGCUCUGAUUGUCAAGGACCCAAAGAUGGAUUUACACCUCCAGAUGUAAAUCAGGCUGCAGAUCAAUGCCUGCCCCAGGGCUGUGCAGAAUCAGCUGGACAAGAGAAACCAUCAGGUGCCUGGUGCCCAGAGCCCACAGAGAGAAAAGCCCAUCCUUCAGAAGUUAACAGCGCUGUCAUUUCUGCGUUGGUUGCCAGCCCUGAGCAAGUCAGCAUCCAUCUACAGUCUGGGGAGCUUCAGGCAGCUCACCAAAGGGAGCAUCAUGAACAUCUAAGUCAAUGUAUGGAUGUGUUUUUCCAUAGUCAGGGUUCCAAACCAAAAGAACCAAAUAACUCUGCAGACUUUGCAGUGUCAGCAGACACUGAGUUUCAUAGUGUAGUGACUUUGAGUCAGGUGGCUGGUUUUGCACAGAAUGAGAUGCAGGAAGGUAUUGUAAAACUGUCAGAAAGAGAAGCAGGCAAAAAAGCUGAAGGACAGUAUGAUCACUUCCAAUGUAAUUCUGGUGUUGGAACAUGUACUACUACUGUGACUGAAAAUGAACAUGAGGAAGAGGAGGCGAGUUCUCUUGAACUUUUCAGCUCUGAGGAUGAUGGGGAAAAUGUUUUGAUUAAAGCUACAAAACAGGAAGAAAGUGCUCAGGAAAAUGCAGACCAGUUUCAAGAACUUGAUGUUCCUUGUAAGCAGCUUGUAAAUGAAAUCCAUAUUGAGCCACUGAGCUCUGGGAUGCUGUGCUCUCAAGGGAACUGUUCUCACAAGAACUUUUCUAAAAGACCCCGCAAGCAUGAAGAUUCCUUUCAUCUUUUUCACUCAGCAUUUAAAAGACAGCUGAAAUCUAAGAGAGCUAAACUGAAUUCCUCUCCACCUGGUUCUGGGGUGAGAGUGGACCCAGACAGGAUGGCAGAGUUCAAGAAACUCCAAAAGAAACUAUCACUACUUAAGAAUUGCUGCAGCAAAAAUCAAAAGUAUAGUAUUUUGGUUGCAGUUGUACAUCCUUGUCAUAUCAAAGAAGUACAGCAGAAGAGUAAACCAAAAUCUUCAUGUAAAGUUCCUGUGGCAACAGUUGUUGUUGUUGACCAGUCAGAAAUUGAGAGAAAGGUGGUGCUGUGGCGUGGUGCUGCAUUUUGGUCCCUUACUGUGUUUCCUGGGGAUAUCAUACUGCUUACAGAUAUAAUAAUGUAUGAGAAUUCUUGGUGUGGAGAGAUCAUGCUUCAGUCAACAUUUACCAGUCAGUUACUGAAUCUGGGGAACUGCUCAGCUCUCAAAACAGAAGAAUCUUAUCUUCUAGUGGAUGAUGGUGUUCUCCAUGGCUUAUUGGCAUACAUAUCAUCAGAAUUUCCACACUUCAGAGACAUUCCACAAAGACAAGUUCAGAGACUGGAUGGUGUUCAGUAUGUGCAGCUAGAUCAGCUCCAGCCAAAUACUUUGGUGCACUUAAUCCUGAAAAUUAUCAAUAUUUCUGUGUUAACAGAAUCUCUGCACAGCUACAGAGGUGGCAGCCAAAGAAAAAUUAUUCUAACAGUAGAACAGAACAGAGAUGAACACUAUAGGAUGGUUCUGUGGGGAGCAGGGGCUGCCUGGUACCCCCAGCUUCAGAGGAAAAAAGACCACAUAUGGGACUUCAAAUACCUUUUGGUCCAGUGUAGUUCUGUCUCAGGUGACUUUGAACUGCGCACAACUCCAUGGUCAUCCUAUGAGUGCUUGUUUGAUGAUGACAAAAGGGCAGUUGAAUUUAAGGAAAAGUUUCAGAGAAGUCAAACAUCCCUCAUGGAGUUGACAAGGCUCUCAGCACUCCUGGAAGAAAAAUGCUCAGGAGUGGUCCAAGUGAAAGCCCAUAUCUUGGAAUUGAAGUUUACCAUUUCCACUGGUCAGUACAAGCAACUCAUCUUCUCUGCUGACACUUCACUGGAAUGUGUUUUGGCUUCUCUGCCUAUGAUUACCUAUUCAGGUUGUGCCAAAUGUGGUUUGGAACUACAGGCAGAUGAGAACAUGAUCUAUAAGCAAUGUAUUAGAUGUCUGCCAUACAGCAAAGUAAAAACAUUCUACAGGCCUGCUUUGAUGACAGUAGAAGAUGAAGGAUAUGAAAUUUAUGUUCAUGUGGUGUCUGAGUUGGUAGAAAAAAUCUUCCUCAAUAUUCCUGCAGACUGGCUGAAGAGAUUAGUAGUGCCCUCUUCAGGUAUAACCUACAGCACCAUAGUAGCAGAUCUGUGUCAUUCACUGCUGGCAGAUACAGAAGCAUCCUAUUUGUUGGAAAUCAGAAGCCACUUUGUGCUAGAUGAGAACAGCUAUCCUUUGCAAAAGGAUUUCCAUCUGCUGAAUUUUCAUCCAGAUCUUUGACCUCUGCACUAACUGAGUAACAAAGACCAUAAGGAGACACAGAAGGGAAGCAGAAGAAAAAUGAUUUAGCUGAAGGAAGCAAAUCUCUUAAAGAUUUAAUAAAGGAUUUUGGUUUUAACUUAUGAAAAAAAUAAAACCAUCAGCAGGACUGGUAUGGAAUAUCUGCUAAUAGUAUAUACUGCUGGAGUAAUACUGAUGAAUUUUCAUAAAAUAUAUUUUUAUACUUGCAUAUUUGUAUUAUUAAUUUUGUUAAUAAACUCCAACGAUUAUAAUAAAUUCUUUUGUA